AUGGCGCUGGGGCUGGACGACGACGAGCUCAAGUCGGUGGAGCAGAUCCUCUCGCGGCUGGCGCAGCUCUCAAGCAGCAUCCAGAGCCUCAAGAUGGACAUUCUCAAAAGCAACCCUCUUCCCCAUCCCGACUCGCUACACGCCUCGGCACGGAUCUUGCAGCGCAACCUCUCGACGGUGCUCGACUGCCUCUCCGAAAACGCAGAGCUCUUUUCGCGCGUCGCCGUGCGCCCCUCGACCAACUACCCCGGGCGCGCGCAGGAAAACGUGCUGACGCAGCUGCUGCGCAAGAAGCUGGAGCCCGACGUGGAGGAGCUGGUGGAAGUGGGCCGCGAGACGGCGCGGCGGGCGACGCCAGAGGGCGUGGCCGAGCUGCAGGCGAUAUGGGACGAGCUGCGCGCGUGGACGCAGAGCCGCAUUGCCGAGUACGUGCGCGACGAGGCGGGGGAUGUGUACACAAAGGAGGAGCGCGAUAUGGGGGUGGAAAAGGUGCGGACGGGCUUGCGGAGGGAGAUUGAAGAGGACGAUGAGGACGAGGAAGAUGAUGAGGAUGAGGAUGAGGAUGAGGAUGAGGACGAGGACGAGGACAAAGAUGGCAGGGAUGGCGCAACGGCAGCGGCAGCGGCAGCGGCGGCUGGGGUCAAUGAAGUUGCGGCGCUGCCGCCGAGGGGUCCCGAGAUUGAGACGCUCCUGUGGUUCAUGACGCGUGCAGACUUUGACGUCCCCCGGAACAUAGAGUAUGAGCGCAAAGGAGCGGUGCUGAUGCGAGGGCUGGAGGGCAUCAAUAUUCCGCCAGAGAGAACGGACAGUGGGCAGCCAGGUGCUUCGGCCACGCAACCGAUGCAAUUAUAG